AUGACUCUCCGUUUCGAACGAUUCCGGUAUUUUCCGGAAAAUGGGAAAACUAUAACUUUGUUCCUUGGAGCAGUUUUAGGUCUCAUUGUAUGUUUCAUUGAUCUCCACAAUUUGAAAGAAACUCAUGUAUUUUGGUCAAUAUUUUGGAUAUCUCUUCUUUUUGACAUUAUCACUAUUUUGGUAUUAUUGAAAGACUGGGAUGAAAAUGUGGAUUGGUUGAGGAAGGCUCCUUACUCUUUAUGGCAUAGUCUGUUAUCCCUGGUAAUCAGUUUUCUCAUGUUCAUGGCUGGAGUUUAUUUUAUGUCAAUGGAAUCUCAAUCUGGAGAGAGUGCGAUGUAUGUGGCCGCGAAUGAGGGAACCGCAAUUGCAUAA